AUGGGAUUCGGUCAGUUCGACACGAUAUGCGAGAAGGCGCCGGUGCCUUUGUGCUCACUGGUAGGCCCGGCGUCGACAAUCUCCGGGUCUACGGGCCUCAUCUCCAAUUGCUAUGCGCGGAACAUCGAAGUCGCAAAUACCAUCAUUUUUGAGGGUGCUGCAUCCUUCAUGCAUAUCUUGGCGCUCAGUAUGACUGUGAUUAUGAUCUUGCAUGUCAGGUCCAAGUUCACUGCCGUUGGUCGCAAAGAGAUCAUCACAUUCUUCUACAUCUACCUAGCUCUGACGAUCUUUUCUCUCAUCAUUGAUGCAGGGGUGGUGCCCCCAGGAAGUGGGCCAUUCCCGUAUUUCGUGGCUGUCCAAAACGGCCUGAUAUCCGCGCUAUGUACCUGUCUCCUUGUCAACGGGUUCGUAGGCUUCCAGCUAUACGAGGAUGGCACAGCACUCUCGGUGUGGCUGAUUCGAGUCCCUUCCGCUGCCAUGUUUGCACUCUCCUUCGUGAUCUCACUGGCCACUUUCAAAUCAUGGGGCUCAAUGGGUCCCCAAAACACCACAGGCUUAUUCGUUGUGCUCUAUCUACUGAAUGCCAUCUGCAUUGCGGUAUACCUGGCUAUGCAGCUGCUCCUGGUUGCGAACACAUUGGAUGACCGCUGGCCGCUCGGACACAUCUCCUUCGGUGUGUUGGUCUUCAUCAUCGGACAGGUCCUCCUGUAUCAGUUUAGCGAUGUCGUCUGCAACAACGUCCAGCACUACCUGGACGGUCUCUUCUUCGCUACUUUCUGUAAUCUCCUGGCUGUCAUGAUGAUCUACAAGUUUUGGGACUCAAUUACCAAGGAGGAUCUGGAAUUCUCUGUCGGAGUCAAGCCAAACACUUGGGAAGUCAAGGAGCUAUUGCCCGAGGAAGAGCGCCGGGCUACUGUGUAUCCGGACAACAACUCUGAGUAUGCGGGCAGCAUGUACCACCACCGCUCAUCGAACUACGGCCACCAUAAUUACUGA